CCCCUCCCCCUGACACAAGAGGAGGCACCGGCGCUCCUUCGCCCCGGUCCAAACUCCACUUACAAAGCCCGACAUUGCAUCUGUCAGAGAGGAGACCUGCGUGGACUAACCCAGGACUAAUACCCAUGUUUUCGUGCGAUUUACGGCGAUGAGGCAUUCCAGAGGCUUACCGCACCUCCAAUUACCAGCGCGGGGGCUAUUACGCUCAAUUAUUUGUUAGGAAAAGAGCAGAGAAGGGGAAGGGGAGUGCAUGUUACUCGGCGGGCUUCAUUUCCUCCAUGCUGCAGAGCAGGAGCUGGAUGACAUGAUGCUGCAGAGCCCGCUCACCUCCACGCCGUUCUCUGUCAAGGAUAUCCUGAAGCUGGAGCAGCAGCAGCAGCAGACCGGCUCCCUGGAGCUCCAGCACCGGGCCCACACCCAGCAGCACUUGGCCGGGUCUCCACCCCAGCAGCAGCAUUUCCACACCCCGCCGUCCUGCAUGCUCGCUGGGACCCGGGACAGCCCUUCGUUCUCGGACGGGGAGGACAACCUGGCCUACCUCAGCGCGCUGGCGGUGCGAGAGGACCGGCUGUCCCCGGACAUGUACGUCCAUCCCGGGCUGCAGGGAGCCAAGCUGGAGGCCGCUGAGCUGGAGGAGCAGGAGAACAAGAGCUGCGGGCUGGUGUCCCGGGAGGAGGCAGCGGAGGGCGGGCAAGGCGACUCCGAGAGGCCGGUGCAGAAGCAGCGGAGCCGGCGGAGGCCCCGGGUGCUCUUCUCCCAGGCGCAGGUCUUCGAGCUGGAGCGGCGCUUCAAGCAGCAGCGCUACCUGUCCGCGCCGGAGCGGGAGCACCUGGCCUCCACCCUCAAGCUCACCUCGAACCAGGUGAAGAUCUGGUUCCAGAACCGCCGCUACAAGUGCAAACGACAGCGGCAGGACAAGUCCCUGGAGGCGGCGGGGCAGCACCACCCUCCUCCGCCCCGGCGCGUCGCCGUGCCGGUGCUGGUCCGGGACGGGAAGCCGUGUCUGGGCGGCGCCCAGAGCUUCGGCACCGCGGCUCCGUACGGAUCCAACCCGUACAGCUACAACGGAUACCCGGCGUACACGUACAACAGCCCCGCGUAUAACACCAACUACAGCUGCACGUACACGAGCAUCCCCGCCCUCCCCCCGUCCGGCACCCCCAACGCCUUCAUGAACAUGAACUUGGGAAACGUGGGCGGCCUCGGCGGCUCCUCGCAGCCCCAGACACACCAAGGGACAGCGGUCACAUCCUGCCAGGGCUCCCUGCAGGGGAUCCGGGCCUGGUAGUCUCACAACAACAGAACUAGAUCGUUCCUUUUUAAACCCACAACCUUUUAGAAGCGCGUGUUCACUCGGUCACUCCAGAAAACAGUGUUGCGUGUAUGACGGAUGUGUGUUUGGAUCCUCCGGCUCCUCCAGGCGCGUGAGAGCCGAGGUGAGUGCGCGUGAGGACGGGACGUGGCACGGUGAAAGGCCUCAUGUUGUGAUGCAAGUAGGUUUGGCACUGAACACACUGACUCACGACACGGUGGCGCACUUCUCCUCCAGAAACAGAGGAUUCGUUUUAUAAUAAUGUUUUUAUUUCAAUGUGCUUUAUUCUUAGGCUUUGAAUUGAAGUGCUUUGAAUUGUGUUUGUUCAACAGAGAAUUGUUUUAGUCUAUUUCACAUCUAUUCAAAUAAAUCCAAGAAACGAGA